AGCUUGAGCCUCAUAUUCGGUCAUCCUAGCCCUUUCUGACACAGGCACCAUGAAGGCAGCAGUGAAUCUCCUGGCUCUCUUUCUCCUUCAUGUCUGCUCUUCAGUCCCUGUCAGCCGCCCCACCAACUGGCUCAGACAAUGUCGUGCCUCCACCAACCUCUCCAUCACAGCACUGGAGGUGCUGCCAGGUGGAGGCUGGGACAAUCUCCGGAACUUGGACGUGGGUCGAGUCAUGAACCUCAGCUACUUUCAGUGCCAGACCACUGAGGAUGGGCUUUACCUCAUCCCGGAUGAGGUGUUUGCCAUCCCGCACAAGGAGACGGGCGUGGAGACAAACUCAGAGAUAAUCAGCUCGUGGCUGGAGCAGAAAAGCUCUACGUCUCAGACUAUAAACGCAGACGGCUCCUUCUUCUCGGUCCUGAAUGGCAAAUAUUCGACAGAGAACCAGAGGAUGAAAACCCACCAGGUCAAAGACUCUUCAACUACAACCAGAGUGCAAGUUCGUAACUUCAUCUACACAGUUAAGGCUUAUCCAGACUUCACUCUGGACGCACGCUUUGCUCAACAAGCCAAAGAGAUAGCCGACGCCAUCGAAAACAACCAAACAAGGAAUGCAGAAUAUCUCUCAGAGAAGAUGGUCUUGGAUUAUGGGACCCAUGUUAUCACGAGUGUCGAUGCCGGGGCUACUUUGGUGCAGGAAGACUACCUCCGUUCUACAUAUGUGACGGACAGCGUGUCGCAAAGUUCCACCAUCACGACACAGGCAGGCUUAAACUUUUUUGACAAACUCAAGUUUGACAUAAGCAGUCAAAGUACGCAGCAGAGCUCAUCGCUUCAAACAUAUCAGUCCAAUAUCCAGUACUCCCUGAUUCAAAGCCACGGUGGCACAGCUUUCUAUCCUGGCAUCACUCUGCAGAAGUGGCAGGAAAGUACCAGGAACAACCUGGUUGCUAUUGAUCGGUCUGGAUUUCCCCUACACUACUUCAUAAACACCAAUACCUUCCCUGAUCUGCCACAGCCAACAGUUGGCAAAGUGGCUCUUGCAGUGAGUCAGGCCAUAGAGCGAUACUACAAGAUCAAUACGCGGCCUGGAUGUGUCGACGUUAACUCCAAGAACUUUAACUUCCAAGCCAACCUUGAUGAUGCAUCUUGUGAAGGCCCUGCUACAAACCUCAGUUUUGGUGGUGUCUAUCAAGAUUGCACUCAACUCAGCUCAGAUGCAGGUCCACUAUGUGAUGCCCUGGCCCAGAAAAACCCUGAAACAGGUUACUUCUCCUGUCGUUCGCCGUACACCCCCACUCUGCUGAGAUCAGAAGUGAGACAGCAGGGUUACACUUCAUAUGAUUGCUACGACCAAAGAUAUCAUUGUGGGUUUUUAGGCCUUUCACACUGCCAUCGCAAGGUGUGUCAGGACAACUACCAUGUUCGCUCUGCUCGUAUCAACACCUACUGGUGCUCCGUAAACGGAAAGGCCCCAGACAACUCAGGGUAUCUGUUUGGAGGCAUAUACAGCCCCUCGCUCCUGAACCCCCUCACCAAUGCCAAAAGCUGCCCCCCAAACUUCAUUCCAGUAAAGUUCCUCUCAGAUGGCCAAGUGAUCUGUGUGAGUAAGGACUAUGAAACUGCCACCAGAUACUCAGUACCAUUCGGAGGCCUCUUCAGUUGUCAGUCAAGCAACCCGCUGGCCGGGUCCCAAAGUCGCUGCCCUCCCAAGUUCAGUCAGCAUCUCGCUACAGUGAGCGACGGCUGUGAAAUUCUUUACUGUGUCCAGUCAGGACUGUUCACAGGUGGGCAGCUGCUUCCAAUCCACCUGCCUCCUUUCACUAAUCCUUCACUUAUCAGCAUGCAGUCCACAAACACUGUUAUGGUGAUGACUGAAGGAGAAAAGAGCUGGGUCAGAGUGGGGCAAACCAAGGCGUGGAAGCUGGCCAAACCAGAGGAAAUCCAGGACAUUGUACACCAGCUUAACCCAGAACUGAAUCGGAGGUCUAGUGGGGAAAAGGUAGGGGUAGCCUUUGGGGUCAUUGGUAUGAUGGUGCUUGUGGUCAUAGUGGCAGUAGUCCUGGUGAAGAGGAGGAGGAGGCUGUCUGGGUUUAUGAGAGCCAGAGGCUACGUGGAAAUACGUGAAGAGGCAGACAGUGAAGAAGGAGAGGGAGAUACAGGAAGUGAGGCUUAGAGGCUCGGCUCCCAGCGAUGGAGGUUCAUCUGGUCUGAUGGAUUUUGUUUUCAACUUCCUUGCUGAUGGUCACCACAGAAAUCACUGUCAUGAACCUUACAGGAGUAGAAAAUGUUCAUGCGUUAAGGGCUCCUACUUUAAAUCUGUUGCACUUUGAAUGAUUAAUUAUUCAACUGAAAUGUCUAUUGAACCAAUUAGUAAUUCACAUUGUCACAUUUUAACUGCUAUGAAUAGUAAUUGUAACAGUUAACCAAUACAUUUAUUGGUAGAUGUUUUUUCAGACAGAUGAUGUGUACUUUAAGCCAGUGGUCCCCAAACUUUUCUGUACCAUGGCCCAGUUUAAUGUCUGACAAUAUUUUCACGGCCCAGUCUAAAGGUGUAGCAGAUAAAAACAAAACAAAAUGAUAAGAUCGGCAUUAAAAAC